AUGCGGUGGCUUUUGGCGAUCGUACUCUCCCUUCGUACCAGCACUCUUCUUGAGCUCCCACGAUCGGUAAAGAGGGAUUCUCCAAAUCUUGCUCGCAGGAGUGCCAGCGGCAUCGCGGCGGGCGAUAUUAUGGAUCUCCCGGCGUCGCCAAGCAAGGAUUGCGGCAGCAAGAAGCACGUCGUCGAGGUUUUCGAGCCCGGAUCCUUCGAGCCGUCGGAGCAUUUCUAUCCGCGGGUCCUCAACGCGCAGAUUCAUCCCCUGGUGCGGUCUUUCAUGGCCCUGGGCAACGAUCGCAUCAAGAAACGCUACUGCCAUCUCCAUCCGGAGGCAAACCAUGACGCCGUGGCCAGGGCCUUGAGCUUCUCGACCAGAUUCUUCCAGUGGGGAGGGGCGGAUUUGUUUUCCACGACUACCGAGCACGGGCAGAAGCGUUUCGUGGUCGUCGAGACGAACUCGUGUCCAUCCGGCCAGAAAGCCAUGCCGCUAGCCAACGAAGAACUCGAGUUUGCUGGCUACCGCACGCUGCUCGAGAAAUCUCUCAUGCCAUACAUUCGCGCUGGGAGCUACAAUGGUCACCAGCUUCCAGAGGGCAGGCUCGCGGUUUUAUACGACAAGAACAGGAUGGAGUCGUCCGGCUAUGCUGCUACGCUAGCCGAGCUCGCGGGCGAGCCAGUUUUCCUGGUUCCAUGCUACGAGGACGAUCCCGAUCCUUUGAUGAAGUGCCGCGAAGAUGGUAUUAUCAUGAUCAACACCGCCAAGCUUUUGUGGAGGUCUCACGAAGAAAACGGCAGUGGUGGUGGUGAUAAGAGCUUGUUCGUUCCAGAGCCCGUGUGGGAGCCUGUCCGAGCGGCACUGAGAUAUGUGACACAACGUCCAUGGAGCAGAAUUCCACCACUCACGCGGACUCUCGUCUUUAAUCCAAUCCUCGCGUGCUUGGCUGGUGGAAGGAACAAGAUGCUGGCUGCCAAAGCUUAUGAUCUCCACAAUGCCGAGAUAGCUGCGAGUGGCCUGAGCAUCCUGACUCCGGAUACUAUAUGGGACGUUUCCAAGACCGAGAUCCCGCUUUGGGUCCGGAGGAUGGGAGGACUCGCCGUCGUGAAAAUUCCUUACGCGAAUGCCGGUAUUGGCGUCUGGACUAUCACUCACGAAGGUGAGCUUCAGGAGUUUAUGGGAAUGGACCAUCGCUACGAUCGCUUCAUUGUCCAGGCUUUGAUCGGCAAUCACGGUUGGAGCAGCUUAAAUCAUGGUGGACGUCUCUAUCAUGUCGGAACAAUUCCAAAUCUCAAAGGGAACAUUUAUGCCGCUGAUCUCCGGCUCAUGGUUGGCUCAUCCCCGGAAGGCUUUUUCCCUGUGGCGAUUUAUGCUCGACGGGCACGGCUCCCUCUGUCCGAGAAGCUGGAACGAGGAAUGAACUCGUGGGACAUGCUCGGGACGAAUUUGUCCGUCAAGAAUCCUGACGGGACCUGGGGAACUGAAACGGAGCGACUGCUUCUGAUGGACAGCAGAGAUUUUAAUCGUGUCGGGAUCGGGCUAGAUGACUUGAUAGAGGCUUACAUGCAGACUGUGCUAGCAGUGACCGCCAUCGAUGGCCUGGCUUGCAAGCUUAUAACAUCAGAGGGAAAUUUUGGCUUGAAGCUGUUCCAGUCCUUAAACCCGGAUCCCAAGCUCUUGGCGGAGAUGUAUCCAACAGAGCUCAAGCCGCCCUUGGCCACGAGUACUAUGGAGCAGCAAAGCGCCGAGUGUAAAGAAAAUCGAGAAGACGAAGAACAACCUCUGCGAUUGGUGGCAAGACAAAAGCCUCUUCCAGCGCUUGCAGUCUUUGGACACUUACAAAGAGUAUAGAUAGAACUACUAUGAUGAAAAAUCACUACAUAGUUACGUCUAAUGGAGAGCUCCAAGUUCUUUUGACGCUUUCUCUAAGAACCAUCGGCAUUAUAGCCUGGACACUUGUAAAUAAUUGGAGUAAAACACUUUCCAUUUUC